AUGUAUGACACUCUCUCAUUCUGGAUCUUGUGGAGCCAGUACUUACAUCUAUCCAGGUAUCGCCCUCGGCCAGCCGCGGCAGACGGCGGUGUCAAGACCCCAUUACAGCCAAAAUCCGUGAAUGCACUCGAUCGCCUCUCCAAGCCCUUCAAAUGUCCAGGCUCUGCAACGCGUACUCGAGCAUCGGAAAAGCCAGCAAGAAAGAGACGAAAGGUCAACUAUGCAGACGCAGAUGGCAGCGUCGAGGAUGGAGCGGAGAAGGCAUACACAAAUGACGAUCGACUCGCAUUGGCGACUCGUGAAGUGAACAAAUUCCCCGUGUUCAAGCCCAAGGAUACAGACACGACAUUCAGACAGAGGUUCCGGAUUCCGUUGGUCAACAAAGAGACGGACGAAUACAAUGCUGGACGAGCUGCCCCUACCUUGGGCAUGCGGCAAGGUGCGACCUUUGUUGCCAAGCCGCUUCAUGACCCAAGCGGAGAAUUUGCCAUUGUACUAUACGAUCCGACUGUCGAUGACGUCCCCGAGGAGCCGAAGCCAAAAGAUCCGGAAGCACCCAGGGAGGAAGGCGAGGCUAAAUUGGAUGAGCCUCUAGUACAUAAGAGCCUGGCAGAUAUUCUGGGCAUUAAGAAGAAGGUGGAAGGAAGACCAAAGGUGCCUGUUGUUAUAGAUCCAAGGCUGGCAAAGAUCCUCCGACCACAUCAAGUGGAGGGAGUUAAGUUCUUGUAUCGUUGUACAACAGGCUUGAUUGAUAAGAACGCCAAUGGUUGCAUUAUGGCAGAUGGAAUGGGAUUGGGCAAGACGCUACAAUGCAUCUCAUUGAUGUGGACUUUACUUAAACAGGAUCCGGAGGCGGGAAGAACGACCAUUCAGAAAUGCGUAAUCGCAUGUCCAUCGAGUUUGGUCGGCAACUGGGCGAACGAAUUAGUCAAAUGGCUGGGCAAAGAUGCUACCACCCCUUUUGCAAUUGAUGGGAAGGCCUCCAAGGCUGAACUUACUUCUCAGAUCAAGCAGUGGGCAAUUGCAUCGGGUCGAAGCGUUGUCAGACCUGUGCUCAUUGUGUCCUAUGAGACACUUCGCAUGUAUGUGGAUGCUCUCAAGGACACACCGAUUGGACUGCUUCUGUGUGAUGAGGGUCAUCGACUCAAGAAUAAGGAAAGCUUGACUUGGAUGGCUUUGAACAGUCUCAACGUCAGCCGGCGUGUCAUCCUUUCCGGUACGCCUAUCCAGAAUGAUCUGUCAGAGUACUUUGCUUUGCUUCACUUCGCCAAUCCCAACCUGCUAGGCUCGCAGAGUGAGUUCCGCAAAAGGUUCGAACUCCCAAUUCUUCGAGGCCGUGAUGCAGCCUGUACGGAAGAAGACCGGAAACUGGGCGACGAACGCCUACGGGAGCUCUCUGGAAUCGUGAACAAAUUCAUCAUCCGCCGAACAAACGAACUUCUAUCGAAGUACUUGCCUGUCAAGUACGAGCACGUGGUGUUUUGUAAUAUGUCAAAGUUCCAGUUGGAUCUCUACAACCACUUCAUUCAGAGUCCCGAGAUUCGAAGUCUGCUACGAGGAAAGGGUAGUCAGCCUUUGAAGGCCAUCGGAAUUCUGAAGAAGCUUUGCAAUCACCCGGAUCUUCUGAACUUGGCAGAAGACCUCCCGGGCUGCGAGUACACAUUCCCCGAAGACUUUACACCCCCAGAGUCUCGUGGUCGUGACAGAGACAUCAAGAGCUGGUACUCUGGAAAAAUGAUGGUGCUCGAUCGCAUGCUUGCACGAAUCCGUCAAGACACCAAUGAUAAGAUUGUUCUGAUCAGCAACUACACCCAGACUCUUGAUCUCUUCGAGAGACUAUGCAGAUCUCGUGCCUAUGGGUGUCUGCGACUGGAUGGAACAAUGAACAUCAAGAAGCGAACGAAGCUUGUGGAUAAGUUCAACGACCCGAAUGGCGAAGAGUUUGUCUUUCUUCUCAGCAGUAAGGCGGGUGGAUGUGGUCUCAACCUCAUCGGUGCCAACAGACUCGUCCUGUUCGAUCCCGACUGGAAUCCAGCCGCUGAUCAGCAGGCGCUGGCCCGUGUCUGGCGUGACGGGCAGAAGAAAGACUGCUUUGUUUACCGAUUCAUUGCCACGGGAUCGAUCGAAGAAAAGAUUUUCCAGCGCCAAUCGCACAAGCAGUCACUUUCGUCUUGCGUUGUCGACUCGGCAGAAGAUGUUGAGCGCCACUUCUCUCUCGAGUCUCUCCGAGAACUGUUCCAAUUCAAGCCCGAGACCCGUAGCGAUACACACGACACUUUCAAAUGCAAGCGUUGUCGAGAGGACGGCACACAAUUCGUUAAAGCACCUGCUAUGCUCUACGGUGAUACAAGUUCUUGGAACCAUUUCGUUAAUAGUGGAGAGAAGGGUCCGCUGGCUAAGAUUCAGGACUUGCUUAUUCGACAGGAAACUACCGAAAAGGAUGUCUCAUCGGUUUUCCAGUACAUUAGUCAUUGAUCGAUUUUGAUGGGUGUGAUCUUGAUGAGGCGAACAGGCGUGGUCUAUUGGGUGUUUUCACAUGAAGCGAUUAUUGAUUAGAAUUUCCCCAAUCGAUACAUUUAGGUAGUCUGGUACAAUCUGAGAUAAAGGACCUCAUUAUAUGAUCUCCUCUGCAUGUAUGAGAAUGUUGGUCCGCUACCUGAUUAUG